AUGUCUCCUUAUCCUCCAUGUUUGGUUACCGCUUGCGAAGAUCCAGAGUGUUGUGCUAAUGGAAAGAAGUGUAGAUGGCCAGAACUGGUUGGAAAGAGUGGAGAAGUAGCGAAAAUGACAAUCGAAAGAGAGAAUCCGAAUGUGUUAGCUAUCCUCCUUCACGCAGGAGAUGGUCGGAUUAGCGACUUUUGCUGCAACAAGGUCUUUGUGGUUUUAGAUAUCCACGGCCAUGUUUCAACAAUCCCUAAGAUCGGUUGA